AUGGUGAGAUUGCAGCUCUCUCUUCCCACCCCCAUUCCCCAAACAAAUGGUUCCAUUGCUGGAUUGGCAAGUAUACGUCAAAAAAGUUCUUCAAAGUUUCAUUGUACUCUUCCUCCAAGGUUGUUCAUAUCCAAUUCACAGCAAGCUCAAUAUCCCAUUUCAUUGCUUCCUCCAGCUAAUCAGAGUGUAGCAGCUAUUGUUUUUGGUGAUGGGUCAGAGUCAAGGCUUUACCCAUUGACAAAGAGAAGAACAGAAGGGGCAAUUCCUAUAGCAGCAAAUUACAGGCUUGUUGAUGCAGUUGUCAGCAACUGUAUUAACAGUAACAUAAACAAGAUAUAUGCUCUUACCCAAUUCAACUCAACUUCUCUCAAUUCCCACCUUUCCAGAGCUUAUUCCAGAGUAGGUCUGGGGAAAGAGGGAUUUGUCGAAGUAAUUGCUGCCUUUCAGAGCCUUGAAGACAAGGGCUGGUUUCAGGGGGCUGCAGAUGCUGUUAGAAGAUGCUUGUGGGUAAUGGAGGAGUGUCCAGUGACUGAGUUUCUGAUCCUUCCUGGUCAUCAUCUGUACAAAAUGGAUUACCAGAAAAUCAUAGAGGCUCAUCGAAAGAGCGAGGCUGACAUAACUAUUGCAGCAUUGAGUGCUUUGAGAGAUCAAGACACUGGUUUUGGCUUUCUGGAAGUGAAUUCUGAAAAUCAAGUUCUAGAGUUUAGAUUGAAGUCUGGGAGUGAGCCAAUCAGUCUUGUUUCAGUAAGUUUCCCACCAAGCUCUUCUCUAUUUCGGUUUUAUCAUUUUUCCGGGUGUUCUCUGAGGAAGUUUAUUUCUGAAAUCCAGGUGGAAAGCUCAAGAAAAUGCAAAGAUAUUGCUUAUUGUAAUCUUUCCAGCAUGGGAAUAUAUCUCAUUAACAGAGAUAUAAUAGUGCAGCUUCUAAAAGAGCAUUUUCCCAAGGCAAAUGACUUUACAAGUGAAGUAAUACCAGGUGCAAUAUCCAUGGGAAUGAAGAUACAAGCUUUCAUCUUUGAUGGAUAUUGGGAGGACAUGAGGAGCAUUGAAGCAUUCUACCAAGCAAAUAUGGAAAGCACAAAGAAAGCAAACAUGGGAUUUAACAGCUUCUUUGAUAAAGAGUCUCCCAUCUACACUUUGCCUCGGGUUCUGCCCCCAACUCAUAUGAAUGAUGCUGCAAUAACAGAUAGUAUCAUUGGUGAUGGUUGCAUUCUCGGUAGGUGCAAGAUCAAAGGCACAGUAGUUGGUACAAGGACAAGAGUUGGAGAUGGGGCUGUAAUAGAGGAUUCAGUGAUCAUGGGUUCUGAUAUCUAUCAAAUGGAAGAUAUUCAGGAGAGUGGCAUGGACAGGAAGGGCAUUGACACUCCCAUAGGAAUUGGGGAAGAUACUCAAAUAAGGAAAGCCAUUGUAGAUAAGAGUGCAAGAAUUGGCAAAAAUGUUUUGAUUAUUAACAAAGACAAUGUCCAAGAAGGGAACAAUGAAGCUAAUGGCUAUGUGAUCAGUGGGGGAAUUGUGGUUGUUCUUCCCAGUGCAGUGAUACCUGAUGGCAGCAUAUUAUGAAAGUCAUGAGUCGUAAAAUAUAUAUAUAUAUAUUUUUUCCUCCAGAUUGAUUCUUUAAUGGAAA